CCCCAGUCUCCCAAAUCCCCCGAACCGAAGCGAAACUCGACGACACAAUGGCCUCUAGGAUACUAGCAGGGGGCAGCCGCCUGGUAUCCCGCGCCAGCCCCGCGAUGCGGACCGCCCGAUCAUUCCAAUCCUCCUCUCCUCUCCAGAGCUCUGCAGCACCACUACCGCCCCGGAAACCCGUGGGAGCAUUCCGUGGAGGUCUCCUCGGCUUCUUCAUUGGCAGCACCCUAGCCGGUGCCGGUGUCUACACGUAUCUGGUUAAGGAAUACAAGCUCUCCAACGAGCUCUUGACGGAAGAUAUCUAUGCAUUGCAAGCGGCUGUGCAACGUGUGACCAACUACGUUCAGGUUCUGGAGGAGAAGAUGGAUGCGUUGGAUCGCAAAAAGAAAUAAAUGGACCUUCCAGCGGGAAUUAUUUUGUUGAUGGCCACUCCAUCAGGACGGGGAAUUUUGCCAGUAACUGGGCAUACGCCAAGAUGCGACGGGCCAUGUGGGCGAGGUGGUUUUUGUGCGGAGCACAGGAUGUAAUGUACCAAGCAAACGUGCACAGCAAUUGAAUGAAUAUUACAGGGCUUCCAUGACACAGGA